CGAAAGAGCAGCGAAGCUUGGAGGGUAAUCAAUUGAGUCAUUGACUCAGUAUUAAAUCGCAGAACUUAGAGGAAGCGAAGCAGCAAUCUUUCGGCGGAAUCAGCUCUUGGAGGCAAGCCUAGUAACUAUUUAUGUUUAGAAGACGGAUAGAGCCAGCAUAUUCCACGAAACAGGAAAAGGAAAAGGUAUCACGCUCGAUUUAGAGAUAUAUAUUUCUGAUGAACUCAUCGUGUUUUGAAAUCUUAGAGUAGUAACAUAGGCAUCCGACGUUUUAUUUGCUGCAAUCUUUUCUUAAAGACACUUCGUUUUUUAAAAGAAAAAUUAUUACACAGCAUCUUAAAAUUGAAUCCCCACGACGCGACUCUUUUCAAAAUUCCUAAUAAGUAUGCACUUUGGCUCUUAGCUGAUUCGAAUGAAGAUUAUGUCGUAUUGCAUUUAAGAAGAUCUGACACGUCGUAAGAAUCAUAGAGGAAUAGACAGAAGUCUGGACAUGUAGCAAGCUAAAAAGAACUAAAAACAAUAAGCUGUUCUGUCAAUCGAAUACAAGUUAUUAAAAGCGAGAGUAAAUUUGUACCAUUUUUUCCACCACAACGCAGAUGACAAUGCAAAUUCAGUUAAGAUGCAACGAUUAUAAGACGAGGUUUUGUGUUGUCAAUAAAUCUAAUGCUGAGAGAAACGCUCUAGAAAAUAUUCAUAAUGCGUGGCAAAGUUUUCAGUGCAAAAUUCUCCUAAAGCGCUUAACAUUAACAAGGAACAAGCAUCAUUAUUGCUUAGAAACGUGGACAACUGAUGAAAUCAAUAAAUGUAGAUGAAAUGUUACUAAACCCGCUGACGCACACAUACUUAAGGAAAUACAGUCAACUCUUAAACUGAAACACCGAUAACUGUAAGUUGAACGUUCAUUAUCGUUUCAAAGAACUUGGCAGCAAAGAACUGUUCCUCGCCCGGGCAGACUACAUAUCAUUUACCUAUGGCCAUAGGGUUAAAAGAUGUUUUUCUCCAUUCAGGCAAAAGAACUCGAGAAAACAUACUGAAACCAAUUUACAACACACACCUUCAAAACGUUCUUCGGUUUGUUUGUAUCAAUAACGUUUCGCUCAGCUGGUUUCAAUUCUAUCUAAGCUCGCUGUUUUGAAUAGCCAUUAUAUCGAACUAUUGUUUCAAGCUCAAAAAUCCUGCUAUUGCAAAAUUAAAACACAGCUUUACAAAAGCUAUCAGGUUUAAUAUAAUGGGUCACUAAUGACACACCAGCGUUGCCCUAAUUACAAAUCCUACAAUUUGAAUCGCCGUGUUUGACACGAGAAAGUAAAUGACAAUUUUUCACAACGAUACAGCCUAUGUUUAAGACCAGAAGUGAUCUUCUUUGAAGCGAAUAGACAUCACAACAUUUUUUCCUCGCUGCCUUUCCGGUUUGUGCAAGAUUCUUUGUUUGUAUAACGGCGGUGGAAUUCUGGGCUCUUGAGCGGCUUAGCCAAAGUUCGAAUCUACAAUUUAAGUCGCCCUUUUAACACAGCUAUAUGCACAACCACAAGCGAAGUGAGAUCUAUGCAAAAGACAGAAAAUUACUUACGGUCUGCCACAUGUAUGUAGAGACGUUUGCAUCGAUAUGCAAAUGAAACUAACAGCUAGCUAUAAACGUUAAAUGUGCUCUUAAGUUUGCAGUAAACAAUUUAAUGGUGUGCUAAUGCCUUCCUCUUUCACAGGAACUUAAAGAAAAACAUCUCGGCAAAGCGACGGAACAGCAGCUAAUUAAGACCCUGAGAUUCUACACUUAAGCCUUGAAGUAGAAACAGUCUCGAAGCAAACAACAGCAAUCAUGGAUACCUUACAGCAAAGGUGAGUAAAGUAUUAUGGCAAAGGCCACUUUUACAAGCCACCUCUAUUUAAUAUAUACACGAUACACGAUUCAGGUGAUCUUUAUAAGAUGUUCAUAUUCUCUGACUACAUUCCCUUUAAAGCGACCAUAUUCUUAACUUCCACGCAACGUCUUCCACGAGAGCGUUAGGACUGUUAGCUCGCAGGUCUUGAUUCUUCUCAUAAUAGCCUGACCUUUGAAUGAAAUGACUAUUUAUUUGGCGGGUUUUCCCGCGAGUCUCAAUACGAGACCAUCGAAGUCUCAAGACACGAUCAUGAUAGAGUGGGCAGUGCAGAGUGGGGUUACUCGUCAGCUCGUAGCUCACACCAUCGUCUUUAGCAUGCGACGCUAGCUUUUUUCAAACGCAACUCUUUGGAAUAAUGUUUUGGAAAAAAUAAUAUCCCAAAGCCCCUCGACAUAACUUUAAUAACGAACAUCAAUAUAACGAAGUCUUCGGUAUAACAAACGAUUUUCUUUACCACAGUAAUAGCAAAAUAUAUGAAAAAGAACCUCGAUAAAACGAAACCUCGUUACAGCUAACAAAUUUUGUCAGUCCGUUGGCCGUUCCUUAUAGAGAGGUUCCACCGUACAAAGCACACACGCGAAACAUUACAUGACCACCAAGUACACCUUUCCAUAAUUUGUAUCUAGAUUGCGUAACAGGUGUUGAGAGGAGCGGAGGGCGGAGGAAACCACGCGCGCGUCCACGUCCCACCAAUUUUUUUGCGCGUCGUGCUUCUCAAGCGUCUCUGGCUAAGGCUAAUCAAGGCGUUUAGGUACUGGGUUUGAUUGAAGUGUACUCUCUUAUUGGUCGAGGAAGUGGCGAGUCAAUCACAAAGCGAACUGAACAAUCUAAAACCAAAGAACAUGCAAACAGCUCUUUAGGCACUAAAUUGUUCUUGUGACUUUCUAAAUGCUAUAAGGUCAGGUAUAUUCUUCCCUCUUUUGGCAUCUUAAAAGAGAGACCGGAGAUAUGAUUUUGAGUGUCAGGGACGAAGUUAAUUAAGUAACGUGCCAUUACUGACUUGACGAUGAUUUUCUAAAGUCUGUACGACGAAUCAAACUUCGAAAGUUCGCCACGUGUAGGGGAUACGGAUUCCAGAGUGGGGGAAAUUUUCGCUGGUGGAAUCCGGAAUCCUGGGCUUUGGAUUCCGGAAUACAGCUCAAGGAAUCCGGAAUCCCACUAACGAAUGGAAUCCAGAAUCAAAGACUCUUUUGGAUUCCCUCACUUGAGUCAAAAAAAUGUCGGACCAUCGUACCAAUCUUUUUUUCUAUCACCAGCCGCUGUUUGGAAAAUGCGCCCGCGCUCCUCCGUCCGCGCUCAAUCGUACAGUUUUAGACUCGUUUCCUUUACUUUAUGGCACUUUAAUCUCUUUUCAUCAUAAAAAGGAAAAAACAUGAGUAUUUUAAAUUGAGGUUUAAAAGCCACCUCCAGUUGUUGCUUCAUUUUACAGUUGUGCUUUCAGACUGCGUAGGCACUGAGUUUAACAGUUUAACGAUUUAAAAUUUUGUCUUACGCGCUUAGUACUUUCCUCAACGUAGUUCCCUUUGUUUCAAAAAAAUUUCAUGACAGAAAAAAAAAUACAGACGACUAGCUCCUAGAAAUUCUCCUUAUUCAUUUAUCCAUAGAAAGUUAUGAAAAAAUAAUUCAUGCACACGAAUUGAUCGGCUUGUUGUUUUACCUAUUAAGCUAUUUGGCCACGGUGGAAGUCAAACUCCCUCGAACCGGAGGUACAAUAACUAGCCGUUUGUAACUCUUUGUCUUCGAAAGAAGAAUGUUUAUACAUUAAACGCUUGUGCGUUAAAAUUAACACGAAUAAAAUUGAUGUUUUCUUUCCUCGCGGUAAUAAUUUCUGACGUAUAAAUUACGCACUAAUUUUAUACGCGCGUUAUAAUGCACAGUUAAAACAUUCUUUCAUUUAGGCACGCUUGCAAUAGGCCUGACAAAUACCGCUCGGAAUUAGGAAUUAUGAAUGAUUUACAGGGCUUAGAAGAUAUUAUUUACAUUUGCUCAUAUCCUAAUACGAAACGUGGGUUGGAGUUUGAAAGAAAUAUACUUAAUAUGCAAAGAAAACAUCCUCAUUAUAAGGAGCAGGUGCAAUCUAGGAGAGUGUGAAGUUUAUUUGACAUCCAAAUUCAAGACUUUCAAACUAUAAUUGACUUUCACAAAACAAAGCAGGCAGAGUGACUUCGUCGGAUUAAGCUUCACUGGGUACAGUACCGUGAAUUCAACUAGGAAUUUUUCAGUAAGUAAGUCCUCUCACACAUUUUCUGUUCUCAAGCUUUAGUUUGCUUUCACUUUUCUGAACGACAAACAUUUCUUAACACAGACACUUAAGCCGGAAUGAGCUAAAUAUAACCUUUAAAAUUUCAGUCUUCUCGGCAAUCAGUUUGCUUGCAUGAAUUCAGUUUAGUCCACUUUUGCCUCAAAUCUCGAUUCGACUGCAGAAGAUACAUUUUUGUGAAUAAUUUCUGUUUUAUACAAAAUCGGAAUCAUUCCAUUGAGUUUACCCAGAACAAUCAAGGGAGAAUCUCAACUCGAAGAACUCUGAAUUCAAUUCAUUUCUGUAUGUAGCUCGACGAAAUUUACCCUCAGGUCGAAAAACCAGACCCUUCACUUUAAAUUUGCCGUCCAUCUUUCCAUCCGUGAUUCAUUCAUGUUUGCGCCUCGUUAAGUGAAAUGUUUCAACAUUAAGAUUUUCCGCACCAAUUUUCAUUCACUCCAUUAAAUUUUUCAAUAAUUGCACUGAGAGAUAUCAUAACGAAGUACAACCUGAAAACGGCAUAUCUCAACCAUCUUUACACUGACACUAACAAACAAUGCAGUACCUGACAACUACUGUUUACCUUUAAACGAUUAAAGAGAUUAUACAGUAAAGAUUUUCAAGUACAAGGUUUAAUGAACUUCAAAUUCCGAAUAAUUUAGUUUCGGCUAGCCAGAAGGAAAGAGUGUCUUAAAGGGAAAAUGAAACUUGACAACUUGAAAUAUUGCGUGGGAAGAAAAUAUUGAAACUGUAUCCAGGUUUUCGAAUCCCAGGUUUUUCAAGCGACAGUUUUCAAGGUUAUGAAAAAUAAGAUCCAGCGCCUUAUUCGAGCUAAACCAAUUUUGAUUUGAGUUUAUUAUCAUUUUCAGUCUUCCACAUUCAGAAAGGAUAAAAGUCAGUUACUCAUCGAGAGCAUUCAUAUCCCGGAAUGCUUAGCUUACUAAAAUUUUUUGCACACGACAAUAAGUAUGCAUAUGUCGAAUUUAAUACACUUGAAAAUCAAUAUACAGUACAAAAUUACCGUUACUAUGCGACAAAUCAGCAUCGUCUAUUUGCGCAACCUCAGGAAAAUGAGCUAAUCAAUACAUUUUUUUCGCUUUCGCAACUGCGGCACGUAUGAGUUUUGUUGUAAUUUUUCGACGAAGGCCACCAAGGGAAUGAAAAGUAAUCAUUGACAUCCUCCCAGAAUCAGAAUCUGUUGUUAAUUCAUGUAUGCAUGGUGUUCCACAGUUAUGAAGAAAAAAAUUUAUACAAGCCAUGUUCUGUGUUUUCUAAGGCUGUGUCCACACUCAUGAUACCGGAUAGCUUUUGCGCCGCCAUGAAAACCAGAUAGGGCUUUUGUUCACACUUAAGAACGGUGAUUUCAGCGCGAUUUCUGUAACGAAACGAAGCUGCGCUGUGCCGAUCUCUAACGUGGAAAGUCACAUAUUGGAUAGGUGUUCAUACUAUGCCGGAAAGCUUUUGUGCUGGCACGAAAACCAGAUAGGGCUUUUGUUCACUCUUAAGAACGGUGAUUUCGGCGCAAUUUUUAUAACGAAGCGAAGCUACGACGCACUGAUCUCUAAAGUGGAGAGUCACAUAUCGGAUAUAGUUUUCGACAGCUUUUCGUCUCGGCAUAAAAAGUUAUCCGCUAUUGUGUGAAUAUAGCCUGCGAUUUUUUUCUCUAAUUAGUUGAAACAGAAAUGAAGAUUCCGCUGCUUAAGGGGAGUAAAGUCGGACACCAUACAAAUUUUGGACCAAAAAAUAACAACGGCUGCCAAGUUCGGAACCACUGGGAAAAAUUAACAUGCUUGUCUACCUACAUAUUGAGUCCUGUAUUAAUCCUUCGCUGUGACAAGAAAAAAUGAAGUUUAAGACAAUAAAGAGGAAAGCUAAUCCUCUUUAAUCGCAGUGAAAAUAUUAUCUUGUAUCUUGAAAGUCAAUCAUUUAUUGACUCGUCUUUCUAAUUUAAAUCAGUAAAUUAAGCUGCUAAGAUUAGCUAAAAUUAGCAGCUUGUUGAAUAAAUUAUUCACGAGACUAUAGAACAACAGUAACAACACGACACAGGCCGGGCAAAUCUCGAGAGACAAUUGGUUCGAUUUCUUAGAGGCUUUUGACCUUCUCCGCAGCGUUGUCGCAGUAUUUUUCUGCGAUACUGGUAUCGGCCUUAUGGUAACAACACAGGUACCCCACGCUCACAAGCGAGCCUUAAAUAACGAUCGCUAAAGUCCCCAUACAAACCCUUAUGUUUCUGUUAUGCAACAGCGCUUCUCAUUCGUGAGCUUGGGGCAGCUGUGCCAAGAAAGGAUUUUUCCCAGGGCCUCUCCUGACCUUCGGUGGAGAGUAACUGGGGAAGAAGAAUUGAAUAAAAACAUGGACUCACAUUAGAAAGGCCAACUCUCAAGCCCAAAACUGAAAAUCGAACUGAAAUUCGUAAUUCAAUUUGUACUUCGUUCAAGUUAAACUCGAAAUCUGCCGUUCUAGGUUCCUUUACUAAAAGUUCCCUCAGUAAAACGUAAUGCUCUGACAAAACAUUUUUUUCUCUUACCUUGUUCCAGGGUUUAUAGACUGUCAGUUGCCCAUGGCUGUGCCAACAGGACGAGAUAUGACCUGGCUCCAGACAGGAUGGGAACAAAAUCAGGGCCGUUCUAGUCACAUAAGGCACUAUCGUCCGCCAGCACCAAACGAUAAAGGAGCCAGUAGAAAUUCGCUUCUGCAAUGCAACAAAAUGUCCGUCAAAAUCAGACAAAUUGACGACAAAGCUCAGCAAAUACGCUUUAAAUACGGAAAGAGCAAUCUUGAACGGAAUUUUAAGAAAGGAGUGGACCUAACUCCGUUUGUUACUAAAGUGCAGAUUAGAAAGAUGAAAGAACGAGACGGGGUCAAACCAGUAAGAGCUACAUCGGAGAGUGGAAGAGUUCGUUUUGCUACGGACAGCGACAAAAAGCAAUCGGACGAAAAUACUACCGAUAAAAACACUAUUUCAAGUCACGCUGGAAUCGAAAAUGAUGCUGAAACUAAUGAAGAAAAUACAAAAGAUGAAGGCACUUUUACUGAGGAUAUAAUAGCCGUUCACGUGGAAACAAACACAGACAAAACUAAUUAUCUUUAUCCGCCUGAGAUAUCCGAAAAAGAUCGCGAAGACGUCCAAAAUGUUAUUAAAACUCUAUCCCGCAGAUUCCGAAAUCCUAUCGAGGCAUCCCGAGGGAAAAUUCCUACGGCAAGACCCACGGCAGCCUUUGCUAAGCCCACAAAAGGCGAAAUAGCAUUAAGCAUUAAAGGACCGAUAUUGCUUGCGCCCGUUUCUAAAACUGCCAUAGCAACGGCGCAGGCAAGCGACAGACUGAGUCGACUGGAGGAUACGAGAUCGCCGCCCGAAUUUGCGGGCUCAAGAAAUGGCCGAGCUCGCCCUCGACCUAUUUCUUCGGUCAGCGACAGUGUUAUCAUAACCGGAAGGAACAUACACGCGUCUGGGAGAUGGUUAGGAAGUGAGCAUGCGCUCAAUAGCUCGCUCAACCAGAAUAACCGCCUAUGCCAUUCGUGUAAUGAACAACGCAGUGCACGUUUUGACUCAAGCAUAGCCAAGCAGAGGGCGAAAAGUGCCCUGUGCGGGAGGAUAAAUGAACGAAGAAAAAGCGAGGGUUGUGCUCCCCACAUGUUUCACCAAAGCCCAGUAAAAGCGCAAGGUAAAACUGUAGGAAAUGUUGCGCUGAGCCCUAAGCGACGCCAAAAGAUGCGCAGUGGAAUGAUGUCUCCGUUUGAACUGCAAGUUCACUUGGAUCAGCUAAAAUCUUGUGACUUUGGCUCCCCAGUUCCCCCGCCUUCACUGUCGAACUCAGACGAUGAAGAGAUCAUCAUGUCAUAGUCAGAGUACUUCAUUGCAGUAAAAAUACUUCCUGGCAAUAUGUGGUUCAGGUCUGGCCCUCUUCCUGUCACGUAACGAUGCGCUAUCAGUAGAGAGAGUCUAGAGACAAUAGUCAGCGCAUGCCCAAGAUAAACUCAUGGCAGUAGACAUCUUAGCCCUCGCCUUGUGCGUUUCACACAGCUGUCAUAAAAUGGUGCGAAAUAAAAGAGUCCUGACUAAAAUAUAAUCAAGUAAAUCAAUAAAUACGCGAUCGUACUACUUAGAAACAUUUUUUCUAUGAUUUUGCCUCACGGAAGGGCCAAGAAGGGUGACACUGCGGUCAAUCUGCGGGUCCCAGUUGCGACCCUUUUGUUCUAUACUUAGAAUCACUGCCCGUUCCGCUGGACAAGGGUAGCGAAGAUUCUGAGGACGGGAUUGGUCAGCGGACUUUGCAUUUCAGACCACGUGAUAUUAUAUUCUGGAAAACUUUUCAUUGAAGAAGUCCAGUUUCAAGUUCCCCGACCGCUUAAUAGAAGCGGUGAAGACCAAUUUUUACAGGGUUAGCUUCAAUCUGAAGCGAAUACAUACACAAAUUCCAGCGCGACGACCUGUUUGCAACUCUGUCUAUUGUUUAAUUUCAAAUUCAGGUCAUCUCGCUGAUGGUAUUUGUGGCAAUUUUACUUUAAGUCGAGGCUGACCAUGUAUAAUUGGUCAUUAGAGUCUGUAUUAAGCGGAAAUAUCGAAAACGACUAUUUAACUCUAUUUACGGGUAUAUAAAUACAUAAGUUCGACAAAGACAAAAUAAAAUAUCCAUUGAGAACAUCCCGUGACCUAAAACAAAAAGGGUACGCAAUACCGAUAGAGUCAA